AAACACAAUAGCCUACGCCUGCAGACAGUCUUGUUUGUUUAUUAUAUAAUAUUGCAUUUGCAUGUUGAAAAUUAGUCCAUUUAACCACAAAAAAAAUGUAUUAACAGAUUCAGAGCAGCUUUAACUAGUAGCCUGUCCACAUUGUGAAAGAGCUGUUCAAUAAACAGAUGCCAAACUGUUCUGUAAGUCAGGUGAUUUCCUAUCACAGUUGCAGAACAACAUGUGGUGGUAAAAGGAAAUGCAUUAACAAGUUUCUCUUCAAUACAAAUACACAGAGCUUGAAAGCAGCACUGCGACUUGCUCUCUGACGAAAAGGAAAACUACACCAUUAUGGGGAGAACCUAUCAGGUCGUGGUUCAUGGACCAAGGGGUGAGAAGCUGAUGAUGGACCUCUGCAAUACAGACGAGCAGAUGAAGAACAUGAAAGUCUCGCAGCUCAAAGAAAAGAUAGCAGAGAGGCUUCCAGAGACCGCAGGAAAUGAUACCAUACGGUUGAUCUUCACUGACAAGGUGCUGGAGGAUGACGAACAGCUGCUUUCUGAGUACGGGGUCCAGCACAUGUCCGUCAUCAUGAUGGUGUUGAAGGUGAAGGGAGGACUGAAUGUCUGACAGAGACCGUCUCCUCCUCCUGCUGCUGUUUGGAGGACUCCUGAAAAUGUUUACACUAUUUUUGACCCAUUUUAUUGCAAUAGCACAUUUAAUACUCUCAGGUUUCCUCCAUGUUUGAAAGAUCAGUUUUUAUGGUUGUAAAAAAUAAAAAAUGAAACUUAAUUUCAA